CCGGGACCACGUAGGAGUACACGUUACUUUUUUGUGUGUAUUUUGAGAAAUUUAGCAUCGAAUUGACGCUCGGAAAUGCAGGGACAUGAAUGAACACCACGGGUUAAAUUUUAGCCGCGUCUCCCUGACGGAGAAAUGCACACUGAAGGGCGUUUACCGUGUUUUUUUCUCUGUGUUUUUCCUAACAGGUAGCGAGCGUCAGCGGUCAGUCAGUCAGGCUAUGAAAGGAGACUGAAUGUCCCGCUUUCUAAUCUCUUGACAGCCUUUUUCACCAGUCUUUCGGUCGACGGAGGCACCUUACUCUCAACAGAAAAAAUGGACGGUGUGUUUUUUCGGCCGUUUGGGAGCAGUUUGUUGUAUUUGUAACAGAUUUCAGCCACUGACAUGAAGAAAGAGGACGGUGUGGAUUAGAUUUUUUUUUUUUUAAUUUGGGUUUUUUCCCUCUUCACUUCAAUGUGGGCUCUAAAGGACUUCUUCCCCCUCUGUGGUUUGAUAUGAAAUGAUGGCAGCACGUUGGAGUAAUUCACCCAAAGACAAUGCAGAGCUUAAACAAACAGCUGGAACUCCGUCUUGCCAGACCAAGCAGAAGGAUGGACGCGACCAGAGUGAAGCGUCGGCCGCUGCUUCUCCAGCGCCGGAGGAGGAGCCCUUCUCCUGGCCAGGGCCCAAAACGCUUCACCUGCGGCGAACAUCCCAGGGCUUCGGCUUCACACUGCGGCACUUCAUCGUCUACCCGCCCGAGUCGGCCGUCCACAACUCAUUAAAGGAUGAUGAAAAUGGCAGCCGAGGGAGACAGAGGAACCGUCUGGAGCCAAUGGACACCAUUUUCGUCAAACAAGUGAAGGAGGGAGGCCCUGCCCACGGAGCUGGACUCUGCACAGGGGAUCGGAUCGUGAAGGUGAACGGAGAGAGCAUCAUUGGGAAGACUUACUCACAAGUCAUAGCUUUGAUUCAGAACAGUGAUGCCUCGUUGGAGCUCUGCGUGAUGCCAAAGGAUGAGGACAUCCUGCAGCUGUUUUCCAGGGAUAUCACUGCUCUGGCAUACUCCCAGGAUGCAUAUCUCAAAGGAAAUGAGGCAUACAGUGGAAAUGCCCAGAACAUCCCCGAGCCUCCUCCCAUAUGCUACCCUCGGAUAGAACUUAAAGCUGCGGGCAUGGCCCAGCCAUCAGAGCCUGCUGCAGUCAAUGAUACCCCCAGAGGGCCAGGACCAGCAAGGCGAGGGGCUACCGCCGACAAGGCUUACCGGGUGGAAAUCCCUGUUCCUCCAUCCCCUCCUCCCCAGCAGGCAUCAAAGUCUCAGACAGUGGUGUGUGUCUGUACUGAGAGCACGAGGACAGCAGUUAUGCCCCCUGAUCCAGUGGACAGGGGGUCUCGGGUGGCUCGGGCCGGACCCAGCCAUAGGACAGAAGAAAACCGGUAUGGUUCUGCAGCAGAUUCUGGCUCAGCUAGACCCAGACCCAUCAUUCCCUCCGUCCCUGGGGGUGCACAGUUGCAGUGCCUGUCUUACCGUCCAGCGGAAGCCACAGUUUACUCCUCUUCCUCAGCAUCCAGACCUGGUGCUGUCUAUAACGACAACUUGUCUCCAACCGUACGGGCCCCGCUUGCUGCCUCACCGGAUACAUUCUCUACUGCCAUGUCACCCAGCUCCAACCACUACUCACCCUCCCCCACUGCCCCCACCACCUCCCCUCACCAGAACAUUGACUGGAGAAACUACACCACCUAUAAGGACUAUAUUGAUGCCAAGAGGCUGCACACAUAUGGCUGCCGCACCAUCCAGGAACGCCUGGAUAGCUUUCGAGCAGCUGCCAGUUCUAACUCUGCCUACACCCAGCAACGUGCUCCACCUUCGUGUAACAGUCAAAGAGGGGCGCUUGGCUCCCAGGUGAGACGGAGGAGCGCAUCGAAUGACCGUGGAGUGGAUACAGGUAGUCAGGUAGUGACACCAUUACGCAGCGUCUCCCAGGAGAGGCUAGGUGGUGGAUCAGAGAGGUCGACACCUAUGAGGAAUUGGUCUCGCAGUGCUUCUCAGGAUGCUCUGCCUUUCUCCACAUCAGUCAGAGUGGCCAAACCUCGAGCACGGUCUUGUGACUACCUGGGCCAGCAGCCUGCAGAGCAAGGUGGGCUUGUGUCAGGAGACAGGGAAGCAGUGGAGGACAGGCUGCUGCUGUGCCAGGGAGAGGAAGCACAGGCGAACAGGCAGGAAGCAAGCCAGAGAGCUUUACCUCAUCUAAACAGGAGUCUCACUGGACAGGAGGCGGAAGGGCGAGGAGGUGGAUUAUCUAACUCGACUGUAGCUGCCUCUGAUUUCACUAAAGGUACGACAGACUCUGCACUCCCAGCCAGGACAGAUGGCGUCAUAAUGAGACCUUCACGUCUACCUGUCAGAAACCCCAUCUCAGACUCCUCUCCUGCUUUGGCCUCCACUAAAACCAUGGACUCUGUUAAAGACCAAAGUGCUAAUGUCAUGGGGAACCAUCUAAGCUACUCAUCUCCCCUGCACCUGCAGAUUAGGGGCAGAGCUGACAGCCUCAAAAUGGAGAGCAGGACAGAGUCCGGCUUGGCAGCCAGAUCCUCAUCUUGCUCUGGUGCCUCUUCAAAACUGCCUCUGCAGAGACAACUACAAAACAGCGCUGUCACUGCUUCCUCCAGCUCCUCGUGCAGCAAUGGAGGAAUCAAGGAAACCUCUAGUUCUACUAGUGCACUUGUGAGGACUAAAGGUGGUUUUGAUGGCGUAGAAGGACCUGAUGCAACAGUUGUGGUCUUAAGGGACAAAAACUCUGGGUCCGCCCACGUUCGCCCUCCGUCCUACGUAUUAGCUGUUAAUGACACCCAGAAAGGGGUGUCUCAUAAGUCAGCGCCGCUGAUGAAGGCAGGCUCUGCUGAUGGAGCUUUGCUAUGGAUGUCUAAUGAGAGCUGCAGGGGGAUGCACCUGAGACGACUGGGAGACACGCGGCAAAACUCUGGCUCUAACAACCUGGAUGACUCCCUGGAUUCAAUCCCCUUCAUAGACGAACCGUCCAGUCCCAGUAUCGAUCAGGACAGCACGCACAUACCCGCCUCUGUGGUGAUAUCUGGAGCUCCUGUCAUCACCACCAUCCCACCCAGCCCCACCUCUUCAUCGCCUCUCAUUCGACGCCAGCUGUCGCACGACCAAGAUUCUCUCCGUCUUACAAUUAUUGAGUCAGAUUCUGGUUCGAAAACCGAGCGUUCCAAGUCGUACGAUGAAGGCCUCGAUAACUACCGAGAGGAAAGCAGAGGGAGCGCUUUGAUACCUGGUCUGAAAAGUUUGAGGAAGGCUGUGGACAGGUCGUCGGAUGAUUCGGGAUCCAGGAGGGAUUCCUCAUCAGACGUCUUCUGUGAUGCCACCAAAGAGGGUUUUCUGCAUUUCAAGCAGCUUCACACAGAAAAGAGCAAGCGUGUCGGAGGAGGUAUGCGUACGUGGAAACAGAUGUUCGCCGUAUUGAGAGGCCAUUACCUUUGCCUGUAUAAAGAUAAAAAAGAAGGCCAAGCUCACGCAAACUGCCAAACCGUAGAGGAGCCCUUACAAAUCAGCAUAAAGGCCUGUCUGAUCGACAUCUCCUACAGCGACACGAAGCGAAAGAACGUGCUGAGGCUGACCACGUCAGACUGCGAGUACUUGUUCCAGGCUGAGGACCGAGAAGACAUGCUGGCCUGGAUCAGAGCCGUACAGGAGAACAGCAACCUGGAUGAGGAGAACGCAGCCUUCACCAGUCAUGACCUCAUCAGCAGGAAGAUCAAGGAGUACAACACCUUAAUGAGCCCGACAGGCAGCAAGACAGAGCCAUCGCCCAGAACUUCACGCCAGUCGCUGAGCAUCAGACAGACGCUGCUGGGAGGCAAAGGAGAGACCAAAGCGACAAGUCCGCACUCACCAAAACCUGAGCAGGAGAAGAAAAACAUGCACAAAGAUGACACCAGCCCUCCCAAAGAUAAGGGGACAUGGCGGAAGGGCAUCCCAGGGCUAAUGAGAAAACCCUUCGAGAAGAAGCCAUCUCCUGGAGUCACGUUUGGAGUGAGAUUGGACGACUGUCCUCCUGCUCAGACCAACAAGUUUGUACCUCUGAUUGUGGAGGUUUGCUGUAAGCUGGUGGAGGAGAGGGGGCUGGAGUACACAGGCAUCUACAGAGUCCCUGGAAACAAUGCAGCCAUCUCCAACAUGCAGGAGGAGCUCAACAACAAGGGCAUGAGUGAUAUCGAUAUCCAGGAUGAUAAAUGGAGGGACCUCAAUGUGAUCAGCAGUUUACUGAAAUCCUUCUUUCGUAAACUUCCUGAGCCUUUGUUCACCAAUGAUAGAUAUACCGACUUUAUAGAAGCAAAUAGAAUAGAGGACCCAGUGGAAAGACUCAAAGUUCUCAAGAGGCUGCUUCACGAGUUACCCGAUCACCAUUAUGAGACCCUCAAGUUCCUCUCAGCUCAUCUGAAAACUGUGGCUGAAAAUUCAGAGAAAAAUAAGAUGGAACCGAGGAACUUGGCGAUUGUGUUUGGACCCACUCUGGUGCGCACCACCGAGGACAACAUGACUCACAUGGUGACACACAUGCCAGACCAGUAUAAGAUUGUGGAGACGCUCAUUCAGAACUAUGACUGGUUUUUCACUGAAGAUGGAAAUGGAGACCCAGUGACUUUUUCCCAGGAGGAGACGGCGGUGGAAUCUCAGCCUGUCCCCAACAUCGACCACCUGCUCACCAACAUUGGCCGUACAGGCACAUCGCAGGGUGAAGUAUCAGAUUCACCAACUAGUGAUUCAGCUAAAUCAAAGGGUUCCUGGGGUUCAGGGAAGGACCAGUGCAGCCGAGAGCUCCUGGUGUCCUCCAUCUUUGCUGCAGCCAGUCGCAAAAGAAAGAAGUCAAAGGAGAAGCCGCAGCCUAGCAGUUCAGAUGACGAUCUGGAUGCUGUGUUCCCCAAGAAGGAAAUCUCUGGCCAGAAGUUGAAUCACCACGGGCUCCAGAUGGAGGCACAGAGCGAGACUCUUUCCAGUCCCAACACCAAGCAGCAAGCGUGGGCUGAGGAGAGGAAAGAGAGCGGGAAGACUGCGGAGCUUGCACUGAAAGCUAAGAGAGAGCAAAGAAACUCCAUAUUCCUCAAGGAGAAGACUCCACCCGGGCAGCCCUCUCCAUCCCCAUCCCCAAAUAUCUCCAGCUCUCCCAACAUCAGCUAUCAAACGACUCUUCAGGGGAAGCCCUCUCUGUCGGAUCCUCCAUCCCAAUUGGAUGAAAACACCUCAGAUCUUGGGACCAUGAGCUCAGGAGCCUCCGUCCCACGUUCAAGACCCAAAAAGUGGAGUGGAGGGGCGUCUCCUGAUCUACCUGCAAGCAUCGGACUAGGAGCAGGUGCAGGAGCAUCUGCUGGAGCAGAGGUGAGCUCCAUCACCUCUGACUACUCCACCACCUCCUCCAUCACAUUCCUGACAGGAGCAGAGUCCAGCGUUCUCAGCCCAGAGCUGCAGGGCGGGGAGGAAGCAGACGACGAACGCAGUGAGCUCAUUAGUGAGGGCCGACCCAUGGAGACGGACAGCGAGAGCGACUUCCUGGUGUUCGCUCCAGGAGGCGGCAACAGCCAGUCCACACCCUGCCCGGAGCAGAGUCCGGAGAGGAAGGAGCCGAAAGCCGGAGGAGGUUCCACCGAGGGGAGCUCCACGCCCAAACUAGAGGCACGGCGCCUUUUCCCGUCGCACAAGAUGAUCGAGUGUGACACUCUCUCCAGGAGGUGGUCCCUGAGACAGAAAACAGACAGCGACUCAUCAGUGGAGGGGGUUGCAGGGGGUGGGGAGCACAACGAGGGUCGGGCAGAGUCUUCUACUCGGUUAUCCCGAGUCCUGGAGGUGAUGAAGAAAGGCCGAUCCGCCAGCAGCAUCAGCUCGUCUUCACGCAGCGAGUCGGAACGUCCCGAACCAGCCUGGCACCUAAAGAUCACAGAGCGGCUGAAGUUCAGGCUGAGAUCUUCCGCCGAUGACAUGUUCAUGCAGAAGAGCCGCGCUCCCGAUGCUCGCGCCAAGAAGAAGAGCAUCCGGCGGAGGCACACCAUGGGCGGGCAGAGAGACUUCGCAGAGCUGGCGGUUAUUAACGACUGGAGGGAGCAGGGCGGCGUGGACCAGACGGCCGACCUCUCAGCUCUGGAUCGCCUUAAACCCAGAUGCUCCUCUCAAGACUUCUCCAUCCGGGACUGGAUCGCCAGAGAGAGGUGCAGAGGCUCGGAGUCGAGCACAGAAGUUGCUCCCAAAGCCGUCCCCGAGGACGAUCAUCCCGAAGCUCAGGACGUCGCUCCUGAAAGACCCCCGCCUCCGUCGUCUCCAGGCGCUCAGCUGCUGGCGGGGGAGCACGUGAACGGCAGCGGGCUGCAAGGCAAAAACAAAGCCUCGCUCGGGACCGACGCUCACCCGCACAAACUCUCUGGAGUACAAGUUGUCCGCUCACGGUUCUACCAGUAUCUGUGAAACGGAGAGAGUGACGUCGUCUUGGAGAAUGAAUGCGUUCAUGUGCGAAUGUGUGUUUUAGCUAAAGUUACUGCACAAUAUUUUUUCUACAAAGCAUUGUUUAUGUAUCUACUGUACAUACUGUGUAUAGGCUUUGGCGAUUGUUACUGAAGAGAUGUUUAUGUGUUAAAUUUUCUGACUUGUUGGCCAUACUGGAACCGACCUGGAAACAGAACAUGAACUCUCUCCUGCAGGACUGAUCCGUACUAAUGCAAGAAUGUGACUUGUUGCUGUUUGUACAGGCCGUAAAUGAAGACACAGCACUGUUGAACAAGGACAAGGGUCAGCUGGGGAAAGCAGUCAUGGUUCAGGUCUUCCCCAUGAAAGCGGUAUGAAGAAUGUAUUAUUCUUUCUGGAUUAAUACUAGUUGCUUGUGACAAAACUGUCUUUUACAAAACAAUACGUAUGUUUAUUUUUUUUAUUUUAUUUUUUUGCUUGUACUUGAAGUACGUGGAAAUAAGUGAUGGCUGCUUUCUGAGCUGGGUGCUGUGGGAAGUUUUCUUUUUUCACAGCACACUCACCACAGCCAGAUAUUAGCUUGUGGGACUGGAGGAUUAUUAAAGGUUUAUUAAAUAAAAACUGAAAAACAGUAAUGAAAUGCUGAUACUAUAGUAUGAAAUGCUUGGUACAGUAGCUUUUAUUCCCAAACUUUGUCAAGUUAUAGUCCAAAAAAUAUGUUUUUACAUGUGUGAAUUGUUUAAAUCUGAAGAAGAAAAAGUGCCUCUUUUCUUUUUUUAAACUGUUUUUAUAGGCAGUUGUGAAGAAGAGGAUUGUUUUAGGACAGAAUAAGCUCACAGGCAUUCCACCAUUGUUUCAUGAUGUUAGUUUAAACCCAUCACAGCUUCAGUGUUUGUUUCAUCAUAGUUUAAAGGAACUUCUCUCAGAGUGCAGUUACAUGCAUGGGCGCUUAAAACUGGGAGUAAAAAGAAAAACUGCAUGAGACAAUGUUUGCUGAAGAACGAACAUCUCGCCUGUGUGCAUCAGAACGGGCGCAACGCCGCCCCCUCCCCAACAAACACUGGAAAUAAAUAAUCUUUAUUAGAUUCUUGUGGGAGUAUUUAUUGCAU